CCUAAGAUUGCGCAGACGCGUCGUGGCUGACGAUGAAAGAAAAAGAAGGUUGACAUAUACGUAUAAUUACUACUUGUUUGUUGGUGAACGUUAAUUUUCUAUAUUAUCGAUAACUAUUUAUCCAAAUAUCUUUUUUAUUAUUAUAUAAGACUGUACACACACGUAUAUAUUUAUACAUAGUAAGCGAAAUUGUCCUCAAAGUUAUUGCUACGUAUUUACGGAAACGCGAUCAACGAAUAUAUUGUACUUUCGAGUCGUUCGAUAGGUAAAUAUCAUUUCGAUGUAUUCGUCAUCGCAGAUCGUUCUAAUACAGAUUGAUUAAGUAUUUAAGUAAACUAUUAAUUUUUCCGAAUAAUCGUACAAAAGUGAAAUAUAGCGACAAAAAAGAAUUGUUCAAAGAAUGCCAUACUCGACAAUCAUGAUUUUAUCUUCGGUCGAAUCUUCGUACUUGCACAUAUGAGCACAUACAAUAAGACCUUUUAUUUGCAGUAGCAAACUUUAAAUAUCUAGAUGGUAACCAUUCGUCCCUAUAAAUUGAUCAUUGAAAAAGAAAAAAUAUCGAAAAAUGUAUAAAUCGAGUCAGGAACCCGAUAUACCUGCGGCGUUAGGUUUGUUGACACUUUUAAGUAAUGAAGAAUUAAAAGAUAUAUUAAACGACGAUAGCAAGUUUGAAGACAUCGUAAAGGACAUAAAACAGUUUAAAGAACUUGAAACCGAAAAAGAAGUACUUAUGGCAAGCAAUCGAUCGUUGGCAGAAUUUAAUCUAUCGAAACAACCGGAAUUAGAAGAAGGUAAACAGAUUUUAAAAGAACUUAGCGACAAAGGACAUCAAUUAUGCAUCAGCGUCAAGGAAAAACUCAACGAGAUGAAGGAUAGAUCGGGAGCUAUGACAGUUGACACGGCAUUAGACCUUUUGCAAGCAGCUGCUGCAGAAAUUGAGGAAGAAUCGGAGAAAGUGGCUGAAAAAUUUUUAGCUGGCGAUAUAGAGGUGGAUGAAUUUUUAGAACAAUUUUUAUCAAGACGAAAAUUAAUGCACCUACGUAAAGUUAAAGUCGAUAAGAUCAGAGAAAUAAUGCGAAAAUCAUCGCAGGCUUCAUCAUAUUUUACUUCUAACUUUACUGUCAUUGCACCUUCCAUACCCUACCCAACAGGACCGGUAUCGAUGCCAAUGCCCGUACCAUCGGGUCCUUCUCUUUAUAGACCAUAUUGAAUAGACCUGUAUGUUGUUUCUGUUCUCUUACCUUUUGAUCUUUCUUUUCUUUUUUCUUUUCUUUUGUAAAUAAUGUGUAUACACACGAAAGAGGUGUUGUACAUGCCAUGUACGAAUACUUAUAAUCCUGUAUUUCGAAAAUACAAAAGAAAAUUAAAAUAUUUUUAAGAGUUUGGAUUUUUGUAAAAAUGAUGCAAACUUUCGUUUGUCUCGUAUGUUUCAUCAUUUUUAUAAAACUUUGAAAAUUAUUAUUAUCGUUUGAAUUGUACCAGAACAAUUAUAUUUUCGUAUUUGGGGAUUAAUCGCAUUGACGAUAUUUACAGCCUACAUCACGAAAAAUUCGUUUCCAAGAGUAGCUUAAAUAUAUGUAUACAUACCCCCCCCCCCCCCCCCCCC